AUGGAAGCGCCGAGUCCUAAUUGGAAAGUCCAGGACCUCCUUUACGGUAAACAUGACAAGUGGACACGAAUUACUCUUGCAUGCAAAGGGAAAUGUUUUCAGAUAGAGAUCUCACCGGAGAACUUUAUACAGUCGCCAUUAUCUUUCCAAAUGUAUAGCCGUCAUAUCGACCUUAUGUAUGUCGUUGAAAAUGCAGCUGAGACAGCAGAGGACGAUCUCUAUGACUGGGUUUUGGCCCCGUUCUUGCCAAUCUUCGACCAAGUUGAACCCUCGCUCACAACCGGGAAAACGGCCACGCUUCGUGAUUACCUCUCUCCUGAAACAUAUUACUUCCAGCUCUACUUCGUUGAUGAGAGGAUGGAACCCUGUUAUGACUAUGAAGUUCGAAGGACGCUGAGGGAACCGGGUGUUGAUAUAGGCGACUUCGCUCUUCACCCAAACUGGGGUAAGUUCACACCAGAAACGGUAGAACAGUGCCUCAGCGAAGGCGAAUAUGGCUAUUCCAAGCACCCAAGGAAGGUCUGUGUCGAUGGCAAGCUAUGUUUCCUAAAGGAAUCUCACACAAAGCGAGGACUUCUGCGUGAGUUGGACAUUUAUAGGAGGAUGGAGAACCAAGGCCUGAGAGACGAUCCGCAAGUACAUAUUCCCCGACUUGUAGGUGUUGUUUAUGGAUCGCACGACAGCUGCUGCAUUAUUGGCAUCUUGCUAUCGUUGGUAGACUGUGAAAACCUCACCCUUUCGUGUGCAUUACAUGACGAAGUCACAUUUGCACAACAGAAGAAAUGGGAGGAGCAGAUUACUACGACUGUGGAUUUGCUGCAUCGGGCUGAUAUUAUCUGGGGAGAUGCGAAGACGGACAAUGUGUUGAUCGAUAGGAAUGAUGCUGCGUGGGUGAUCGACUUUGGUGGUGGAUAUACGGAAGGAUGGGUGGCGAAGGAGCAUAUGGAGACAAUGAAAGGUGACGAAGAAGGCCUCUCUAGAAUAAUGGAGAGGAUAUACUCGAACGAUGGUAGUCAGGAUGGGGGGCAGGGGAGUCAUGAGGAAGAGGUAGCUAAUGUGACAGAGGGAUGA